GGAAAAGGCUUAUAUCCUGAAUAAAAAAUUUAUUUUCUCAUCACAUAACAAUGCGGCGUUUGAUAACACUCAUUGAUAGAGUUAGUUGAUUCUAGUGAAAUUUAGGGAAAACUAUCAAAUAGGUCCUCGUACUAUAGCGUAAAAGUCAAUUAAGUCCUCCUACAAUAAAAUCACCCGAUCAAGCCCUUAAACUAUACAAAAGCAUCCAAUUAAUCUUCUUAGCAGGUCAGUUACCGGUUCUUCCGGUAGUAGCUGACGUGGACAGCCAGAUGCGUUAUUUUUUUUGUUAUCCGGAGAGGAUAUGACACGCAAACAGUCCUCCUCCUUCGUUUCACUGUUCAUUCCUCCACCUCAUCCACUCUCCGAUGAAAGCUUUGAAGGAGUGUACACAAUUCAAUCCUCUCUCACGCCUCUCUUAACGGUUAGGAUUUUACGGAGUAUUUUUUAGUGUUAUGGACUCGGGUAGUUGUACAUGUGGUCAUGUGGAUGCUCGUCGAAAAUAGUACUUGAUUCCGGCCAGUGACGAAUUGGAGCGGAGAUUUGGGACUACAACGGAGUCGCUUGAAAAACAGGGGUUGUUGCCGCGAAGACGCCGGAGAAUUUGUACCAUCUACUUCCGCAGAUCAUUUAAAUGCUUUGUCACAUCCGCAAGUUCAUCCGAAAUUCGUUUCUGUGGUCACCAACCGCCAGUGCCGGGUGGGGUGGAGCUAAUAAGAAAGAAGAAGUUAGGGAGAGAAAGAAAAAGGAAAGUAUGGUUGGGGGUCUGGGAGAAGAAAAUAGCAGAACGGAUUGGGGGCUUGGGAAGAAGAAGAAAGUACGGUGGGGUUGGGGGAGCUUAGGCGAGAAGAAGAAAGCAGGUGGGAGAGAAAAUGAAAUAAAGCAAAAAAAAAAAGCAAAAUGUAAAACCAACAACGUGGAUACCACAUGUACAAAUUAACAUGGAAAAUUCUAUGGUACAUGUAAUAAUUUAUAGGGUACGCUACAUUUGCUUGUGCAGACAAAUAAGGCAAAGACACGUGUAUAUAUACUAAAACAUAUACCGAGUAUUAAUAAAAUGACAUGGGCCACAAUUGAACUACCA